UAAACUUUGCAGUCUAAAUAAGAUUAACAUGGAAGCUAUUCAAUAAAUAACACUUUAUUUUUUAUACAAAAUAUUACGUCGGUGCGAGAAGAGUCGAAAGCCGCCAUAUUUGGAUCAUUAUUCUAUUAUUGCUCUACUGUGUGCAAUCAUGGAUCACGGGGAUAGCCCAGCGUCAUCCCUUCAAUCAACCGGCGACACAGGCCAGCUCUUGCAGGAAUUGUUGAACCUCCAAAAAUCAAACGUUCUUUCUACUGGAAGUUUGAAUAUUCCACAAGGAACUACUUUGCAUCACAUUACAGAGAGCACUGAGGUCCCUGGGUCAGGUGAUGGAACAAAUCCAACAUUGGCAGAAUUGAUGAUGACUAUGUAUGAUAACCCAGUGCCCAGACAGCUGAUCACCCUCCAGGGAAGUGAUACAGCCAACAGCUUUAGUGUUUAUGGAAGAGAGGUAGAAAUAAUCACAAGUAAACCGAAUGAAGCAGCAAGUUCUCAAGCCAAAACUGGAAGUAAUAAGGUGAAAACUACCCCAGUAGUGAAAUUUGAGUGGGAACCAGUGUAUUAUAUUGGAAAUUUGGUAACUCUGCACAGACUGAAUGUCUAUGCUGCAUAUUCACUGAGAGGUAAAUCUGGAGGUGUGGUUCGAAUCAUCAAUAGGAAGACAGCGGAGCGGGCGUUAUUGAAGGACCUGACGGGGAAAGUGGUAGACAUAGCAUUCGCUUACACAGAUGAUGUAAUUCUGGCAGCUGUGGAUGAAGUAGGAAAUCUACUGGUUCACAGUGUCAGAGAGGGAGACGACAAAAAAAUCCAAGUACAACUGCUCCUGAAGAUUACCCGUCCCAGGGGAACCAUUCCUACGGAGUACCACCGUGUCAUCUGGUGUCCCUUCAUCCCAGACGACUGUGAUGAUAGCUCCGUGACAGAGUCCUCCACACAGGACGCCUCCAGGGUCCUGGUCCUCACUCAUGGAGAAAAGUCAGAGAUCUGGAAUGUGGACAUGGUGACGAGGGAGCAUGGCAGUGGACCCCUGUCUGUGGAUGAUGUGGAGUUUGGGCUGAUCAGAAUCGACAGCCACACCAAGGCUGUGAUGGAUGCUGCUUUCUCCCCGGAUGGCACAGCUUUGGCCACGGCCAGUCUGGACGGAGAAGUCAAGUUCUUCCAGGUCAACAUGAGCGAGAGCACCUCCCCAAGAUGCCUACACCAGUGGAAGCCCCAUGAUGGGAAACCGUUAUCCUCCUUGUUCUUCCUGGAUGAUCACAGGAAUUCUAGUGCAGAUACUCAGUUCUGGAGGUUUGCUGUGACCGGUGCCUGUAACAAUCAGGAAAUCAAAAUCUGGAGCUGUGAGUCUUGGGUGUGUCUCCAAACCUUAAGGUUCAUGUGUCCUCCAGAUCUCCCCACAAACUUCAGUGCAGAACCCUGCAUGAAAGCUGGAUUGGAUUUGAGUGCUAAGUACCUAGUGCUUUCUGACAUUAAAAGACAGGUGCUGUAUGUUUUACAAAUUCACCAAGAUUCAGCAGCAAACACUGCCCAUGUGAGCUCUGUGUCUGAGUUCCUGCUGGCUCAGACUUGCCUGAGCUUUGCCAUUCUAGACGCCAGCAAGAAAAAGUUCAAAAAGGUCACGGAAGAGUCUCAUAUGGAUGAUAUUACAACUGGUGAGUUGGACAGGGAGGAAGGAGGAGAGGACUCGGAACACAAACAGGAAGUGCCCACGGCCUCAGGGAUACAGAUCAAGCUCUACACUGUCCACCCCAAAGCCCUGCAGGAGUUGCUGAUACGAUUCCGUCCCGAGUCCACAGCUCCCCCCGCGGCCACCCCAUCAGUGAGCACCAUCUCACAUGAUGACACAGGACUCCAGGAUGCCUUGUCUGACAUGAGCUUUAGUCUGGACAGCAGUCGGAUAGACAACAACACAUCUCUACAGCAGGAACAGCCCGUCCUACUCACCCCCGAAGCUUUCUCUACCACCAGUCCAAGAAAAGAUCUGUCCUCCACUGAUCCUGUAAGAGCCAGUGGAUCAAGCACCAGUAGCCUCACCCAAGUCACAGGACUGAAUGAAGAAAUGUUCUCCCCCCACAGCUCUGGGGAUCAGUCAGUCUUGUCUGAGGGUAGUACGAUUACCCAGACCCCAACAGAGAAGGAGGACCCCUCAUCUGGAAGAUACUCACACGAUCUGACUCCAACCAAACUCCCCCCGACUGGAGAAAGUCUGACUAGUAUAGCCGAAAUCACCACAGAGGAUAAGCCCUCUGCUUUACAGAAAGUGUGUGUGGACGAUUUGUUUGAUAGCACUCGACAGAGCUUGGGACAGACUCUGAACAGUACUGACUCAUCAACCAGGCAAUCCAUAGAAAACACUAGCAGCACCACAGGGUUCGAGGUAGGUCAGUUGGGAGCACAGAAAUUGUCCACAAUGAAGGAGUCAUAUGAUGAAAAUGACGAGGAAGUGGCUGAAGUUUUAGGGGAGUCCUACAAAGAAGAGGUUGAGGAGGAGGAGGAAGUAGAAGAAAGCUUGGAGGAUGGCCCACAAAGCACACAGCCCUUUGAGGAACACAGUGGUGACAUGGAAUCAGAUCCAAUGCCCACCUCCUGGCCUAAGCCACCUGAUGUCAGAACUGAGACUCAGGAGAUGGAGGACAUACAGAAUGAAGAAGUUUACACCGAAGAUGACGAUGUUCAAGUGGAAGAAGAGGAAGAAGAAUCCAAGGCAGAGAACUAUGACAAAGAUGAAGAGGCAGGCAAUGAUAUGGAUAACUUACAGGAAGGAAGUAGUGAAGAGAUUGAGGAACAAAUAGAGGAAGCAAGUGAAGAAUUACAGAGUCCCAAAGAAGCACCAGUUGCUAUUCCAGUUGCCAAAGCUAGGGAAAUCAUCAAAGAGAUUCACACCAGAGAAGUUAUAAGAGAAAAUGUGGACAAAGAUGCCAUUAAUGCUCUGAAUGAGAACAUCCAGAGUAUAUUGGCGGUGCUGGAGGCCCAGAACUCCAAGAUCGAGUCCCUACAGUACCAGCUAGUCGAGCAACAGGAGUUUCACCGACAGCAGGUAGAGAGCGACGCGGUACCUCAACAGCCUCAGAACAUAGAGGAACACCUGGGCAAACUGGAGGGCAUUGUCACCUCACGGGUCGAGAGAAUGUUCACACAGCACACACAGAAAGAGAAUCAAAGAGUUAGGGAACUAAUACAGCAGUCGGAGCAGAGAGAUAAACAGAGGCAGGACAGACUGCAGCAGAUCUUGAUACAGACCAUGAACAAUGCGGUGGCCAGUAACAUGGAGAAACAAGUGCGUCAGGAGAUGGCCAAUACCAUCCUCCCUAGUGUUACAAGGAUAUUGGAGCCUGUGAAGGAACAGAUGCACCAGGAAAUCGCCCAGAAAUUGACAGCUACUGACUCCAUUAUCAGGGACAGCAUAGGGAAGAUGGUCAGGUCCAAGCAAACAAUAGAAGCUUUGGGAGUUGCUGCUGGAAAUGUGUUACAGACCCCAAUACAGCUGGCCUAUCGGGAAGCCUUCCAGAACAUUGUUGUGCCCAGUUUUGACAGAGCCAUGCAGAACAUCUUCCAACAAGUCAAUGAGACUUUUGUGAAAGGAACAAAAGAAACCACCAGACAUCUAGACACUCAUUUGAAUGAGAUCCGUGAGAAGCAUGUGGAAGCGCGUGACCCAAUCAUUGCCCAGCUGCGUAAACUGACGGACAGCUUCCAGUCCUCGGCAGACUCCAUACAGCAGCAGGUCCUGUCCACACUACAGAGCAGAAUCAACGCAGAAAUCCAGUCCGCUCUCUCCAAUCUUGAGGAGACAAUAGUGCGGUACGUCAGACAGGCGGUAAAGGAAGAGGUCAGUAUAGCAGUCAGAGAGCAGGGUGCCAGCAUCAGUGACAGCGUCCUACUGGCCAUGAGAUCAGGGGCAGUAACUCCUGUCCAAGUCACCCCCGACCCCCAUCAAGUCCAAACUCAAAUCCUGAAUCUCCUCAGACAGGGCCAGCUUAAUACAGCAUUCCAGCAGGCACUGUCAGCAUCCAAUCUGGACCUGGUUGUGUUUGUGUGUGAGACAGUCAAUCCUUCCCAGGUGUUCAAUCAAAGUCCUUGCCCCCUACAACAGCCAGUUCUUCUGUCUCUCAUCCAACAGCUGUCAGCUGACAUAGGAAACAACACAGAACUCAAACAUAAGUAUUUGGAGGAAGCUGUGAUGAAUUUGGACACCUCAAACCCUGUAACCCAGGGUCACAUGAGGGGAGUUUUAAUUGGACUUAUCCAGAAACUGAAGACCUACAUAACCGCCCACCCCAACGACAAGACAACGCGGUCCUUACGCAUGUUACAAAUGGCUUCUGAAUCAUUGCUCAAAUGAAAAGGGAGCCGUCAUCAUUUCUAGUUAUUCACGGCAUUCAUUUUGUUAAAAUGUUGUACUUCAAAAAACGAGUGCUCCAGUUCUUAUUUGUUCAAGGAUAUUUCAAAUAGAAAUUCUGUAGUUUAUCUUCUUACAAUUAAACCCCCCCAGUUUUAGAGAAAACAUGAUUAGACUAUUAGUCUAGGGCUUUCAGUUUUUCCUGCUGUCUACAAGAAUGCAAAAUUAGUUUAAAUGUAAAACAAUUAUUAGAUUUAAAGUCUUUUAAUGAAUUUGUAAAGAAGUAGUUUAAUUAUUCAGUGUAAGAAUAUAGCCAGUAAAUAUACAAGUUAUUUACUCUAAGUUGAUAUAGAACAGAUAUUCUGUAUUUUUGUACAACAGAAAAAAAUUCCUUUAAUUCCAUUCUUUUUACAUGGUCAUCAUCUGAUGAUACAGAUUGAAUUAUUCAUGGGGGAAAGAAAAACUUAAGGAACAAAACAAAAAUAUUUACGUGUUAAAAAAUAUUCCUAAUGGAGCUUUUUAUAUAAUUAACUUUUCUAUGAAAAGCAAAUAGACCAUUUAUACCAUAUCAUUUUAUGGAAUGGGCGUGUCCUUUUUAAUU